GUCGCGGCGCGCGCCGGGACCCGGAAGCAUCUCUCGGCGAUGGCGGCGGAGGGCGCGGGGCAGCAGUGGGUGCUGGUGGAGAUGGUCCAGGCCUUCUAUGAGGUGAGCGGGCCGGGAGGCGGUGGGGGGCCGGGUGGGUCGCCGCAGGGCUCCGCGGAACGGAGCGAGGAGAGGCCGGAGGCUUCCCGAGGGGUCGGGGAAGGAGCAGGGGCCGCCGGGGGUCUCUUCCUCGCCCGCCCCCACGGCCGAAGAGGGAGGCUGAGGCCUGGGUGGGACUCCGGGAGGAGGGUGGCUGCCCGGGGUAGAGGCCCGUGGGCGGGGGGGGGGGGAAGGGGUCGCCACGGCUGGCCGUCAGGAAGACGCAUAGGAGCUAACAACAAGGGCAGAGUUCCCUUCGCAGCCCCACUCCCAAGAAAAUAAAAAUAAAAAUUUGAGGGGGCCGGGCCUCCAAAGUUGAGGGGAAUUCCCAUUCAAACGGUGUGUGUCUGUGCAACAUGAGUAUUAUUAUUAUUAUUAUUAAGGGAGUUGGGCCCCCAAAGUUGAGGGGAAUUCCCAUUCAAAUGGUGUGUGUCUGUGCAACAUGAGUAUUAUUAUUAUUAUUAUUAAGGGAGUUGGGCCCCCAAAGUUGAGGGGAAUUCCCAUUCAAAUGGUGUGUGUCUGUCCAACAUUAUUAUUAUUAUUAUUAUUAUUAUUAUUAUUAUUAUUUUAUUUAUUGAGGGAGCUGGGCCCCCAAAGUUGAGGAGAAUUCCCAUUCAAAUGGUGUGUGUCUGUGCAACAUUAUUAUUAUUAUUAUUAUUAUUAUUAUUAUUAAGGGAGCUGGGCCCUCAAAGUUGAGGGGAAUUCCCAUUCAAAUGGUGUGCGUGUGCCACAUUAUUCUUAUUCUUACUACUGUUUCCUGCUGUGGGGCAAACUGGAUUUAGAUGGCUUUGGGUUCCCACCCCAUAGCUCCCAUCAAGAUAUCAGAAGGUAUCAUUAAAUAUUGCAAUUAUAAGGGUUAUUUAGUGGAAGACAGAAGUGCCUGGCGUGCUCUGGUCCAUGGGGUCACAAAGAGUCGGACACGACUAAACGACUAAACAACAACAACCAUUGAAUUCUGAGCAAACGUAUAGGUUCUGUUUGUAAGUUUCACUUAUAAAUGUGGGGUAAAUGUGCAUAAUGGUUAUCGUUCAGUGGGUGUCUGUCUAGAACGCUCUGCUAAUUCCCAGUUCUCCAACAUGGACUUAUUUUUUGCUUUAGGCAAACAAACACUUUUGUAUUCAGGUGUCUUAAAGUAUUUUACAUACAUUUAAGUAUUCUUAAUUUUUAUUUCCUGGCUUUUUUAUUAUUUGUAUUUCUUAACCUAAUAAGCCACUCUGAAAUCAGUUUUGAUGAAGGACAUUAUGUUUUAAAUGAAUAGGCUUCUGUUUGUUUAUAGCGUGGGUUGGUGACAGAGCUCGUACCCCAUCUCCCAAGCCUUCUGGCUUUCAGUCAGAACAGACAGUGCUGCAUUGGGUAGUCUUAAUACCUAGUACAAAAUCCCAUUGCCAUUGGUUGGCUUACCCAUAAUACAGUGGAGGCUCAGGUUGCGAACGUGAUCCGUGUGGGAGGCAUGUUUGCAACCUGCAGCGCCGCGUCUGCGCACGCGCGGAUCGCGAUUUAGUGCUUAUGCGCAUGCGCCAAAACCCAGAAGUAACCCGUUCUGGUACUUCCGGGUUUUGGCGUGUCCGUAACCUGAAAACGCGUAACCCAAAGCGUCUGUAACCCGAGGUAUGACUGUACCAUGUUUCUAGCGCUGUCUGUAUUCAGAGACUACAUCUUUUAAUUUGGAUUGGCAGAGCAGUUUGGUUGGCCUGGCAUAGUUAUACUUCUGUAGGUGAGCGGUAAGUUCAGAAAUCUAACCACAUGAUUUAUAGUUCUAAGUAAUGCUGGGGGUGGAAACGGCAUGGAUGCGGCACUUUGAGGGAGCAGAUUAACCUUUUGGCCUAUACUUCUAAGGGAGUGAUGUGUACCUAUUCUGUUCAAACCCAUUGACCUGAUGCUUGUUGAAGCAAUCUUCCCAGAGAAGAGACUGUUGAACUCUUUGAAGAUCCUGUGUGUCUACAACAUGUCCACAUAACACCGCUCUAAUGGGAGAAUAGAGAUCUUAAGUAAGAAAGAUAUUCUGUGAAUGGAGACAUAGCUAAGUGUAUAGAACACUUGUUCUGAGCUAUACCAGUUGCAUAAAGUUGCCUAUUAGGAAAUGUAAGAACUUGUUUGGCAGCCAGCAGUUCCAUAACAUCAACGAGUGGAGAAAGAAUGGACCACUGUCUCCAACAGCAACCUUCUUGGGAGAAGGUAUUCUCUUUUGCUAGUGCCCUGAAUUUCCAUGUUCAGUGCAGUGGAGGGGACUUCUGAACCUUUGCAGGCUUGUUUACAAGGCUGUGUUAUUGGAUCCAAGAGAAUAAAUCCAGCCUUUGUCCAUUUUCUCUUUUGAAACCUUCCGAUUGGUCAGUGCUGGGCUUCCUAAACAUUUCAGUCAGGUUACAAGUUUGCCUAAAACAGCAGUGGUGAAUUUAACUUGUACAAUUUAAAGAGAUGGCAAACUUAGAGAAAUGAUUAAUGUGCAGCUGGUAUUUUUGUUUACUUUCCAGGCUCCAACUUACCAUCUUAUUUUGGAAGGUAUUCUAAUCCUAUGGAUAAUCAGACUUCUUUUCUCCAAGACGUACAAGCUUCAGGAGCGAUCGGACCUCACACCUAAGGUUUGAUGUUCCAAAAUAGUCUCAGUAUGCUCUGACAAAAAACUAAAAGUCAAUAUGAUUAAUAGCUGUAAUGCUUGAAAUAAGCACUUCGGUCUAAUCAUCGUUUUUUUAAAAGAACAACAACAUGUUUUUAUGAAAGAUUUUCUUGGGUUACAAAAGUACAUACAUCACCUCUAUUUUCAGAUCAUAAAGUCCCUUUUACAUAUCAGUUAUAUUUGACGUGAAUAAGAUUGGGGGAGAAGUGGUAGGAAGAGAGAACGGGGGGUGGGGUGGGGAGAGAAGAGGGGCUGAGUCUAAUCAUAGCUGUAUAUACAAGUGUAUAUACAAGUGUCACACACACACAAAACCCCUGCUCGAUUAUGGGCUGUGUUAAGUUAAUUCGUAUUACUAAUGACUUGGCUCUAGAGAAGUAUGAUUGCAUAAGCAGGGAGGUUGUGGCUGACACAGACUGUGUGGGGUGCUGUUCAGGACACCCACAGCCCAUGAUUUUCUCUGGCUCCAAGCCUGUUUAAUAAGUUGUGGUAUUUAGGGGUGCUGUUUUAAAAAGUGAUGUUGGUUUCUGCGUAGCAAAAAAAAAAAAAAAAGUUCCUGUGACAAUUACUUUUUGAAAGUGGUGCUAUGUGCUUAGCUUGGCAAGUUCUAUUGAUCAGCUGAUUGGCAGCACUUCUGUACCCAGGGCUUUGGAAGUUCAUUGAUUGCUGGCACUUGUGAAGCCCAGUGCACAUUACUUCCCAAAACCUAACAAUCAACUGAUCAGCUUUAGGAGUAAGCAGGUUGAUUUCAAGCCAUUAUGUCAUUGUGAUGCAAGGUGACAGUCAUGGCUGAGCCAUGUUGGGUUGCAGAACGGAAGGGGAUAUAAUGACAAGGCUGGCUGGAUCCAGUUCCCCACCUGAUUCCAAAGUUAUUCUGAAAGGUGAUUGCUCAGUUUAAUAACCCUGUGUGUCGUACAGCAGUUUUCCACAGGAGAACAGAUAUGAUGGCAAUAUGGCUGAAAAAUGCUCUACUUCUUCUCUACUGAUCCAGACGACUAGUUUCUUCACAGCUGUCACUCAUAACGAAGUGGAGAUGUAACUUGCUUUUUAUUUUAAAAUAUGCUUAGUUCACCUUUCCAAGGGUCAAAGCAGCUAGCAACACCAAAAAGUAUCAGCCUUCCGAAGCAGAUCAUAACCUCUACAGAAAGCAAUAGUUUCACUAUAUCCAGCUCCCUUCAGCGGAUUAUUAGUUGGUAAAGCAAAUAUAUUUGGAGCAGAGCCUGACUUGUGGACAGGGUCUCAUAGGGAAUGAGGCAGUCUUGGAGGGCCAGUCUAUGAUGGCUUUUAAAGAGUGGCUAACCUCUAGAUCGGGAUGCGGGUGGCGCUGUGGGUUAAAGCAUAGAGCCAAGGACUUGCCGAUCAGAAGGUCAGCGGUUCAAAUCCCCACAACGUUGCUAGGUCCCUGCUCCUGCCAACCUAGCAGUUCGAAAGCACGAAGUGCAAGUAGAUAAAUAGGUACCGCUCCAGCGGGAAGGUAAACGGCGUUUCCGUGCACUACUCUGGUUCGCCAGAAGCGGCUUAGUCAUGGGGGCCACAUGACCCGGAAGCUGUACGCUGGUUACCUUGGCCAAUAAAGCGAGAUGAGCGCUGCAACCCCAGAGUCGGCCACGACUGGACCUAAUGGUCAGGGGUCUCUUUACCUUUAACCUCUAGAUCAGGAACAUCCAACUCUAGAGACUGUGAUCUACUCCCAGUAAAAUAACACUGGGAGUGAUCUACCCACUGUCAUUUUUUUGAGCUUUUUUGGGAAGGAGAGACUACCAGGUUGUUGAGAAUGUUUUAAUUCGAUAUUACUUAAGUCCGCAGCAAUAGCUACUUACAACACUCAAACGUCAGUGCAUGACAUGAUAGCUUUCACAGCUACAGCAGCAAUUGGACACAGCACCAGGGGACCGCACAUAGGACAUGACAGAGGAAUACAGCGAGGGGGCAGGCAGGGGAAUAUUCCAUUCCCCUUUGUUUCAUAUUUGGUGAUCGAAUACGAUCCCGCAAUUGACCACAAUAGCCUGGAGAUCUACCUGUCGUUUGCUGUCGCCCGGUUGUACAUGUCUGCUCUAGAUGUUUUGGACUCCAACUCAAAACAGCCCCCGUUAGCGUGGCAAAGGAUGAUGGGAGUUGUAGUUCAGCAACAUCUAGAAGGCCCCAUCCCUCGAAGUAGAUGCUACUAUGGUUGGGUCCAUGCAGCUCUUUAGGAAUAGAUAGUCUUCUUACACACAUUGUUCUGCGAUUUGUUUUUCGUUUGACGGGGAGAUUUGCGAGGCAGUAUGCUUUUUCUCUCUUUAACUGCAUAAAGAUCCUUUGCCAAAGGUCCAUCUAGUCUUUCAUCUGUUUCCAACAGUAGCCAGCCAGGUAUCUCUGGAAAGCUCGCAAGCAUGAUAUGAAGUUGACUUCAGUACAGAAUGUUCAGGGGUAGCCUGCCUCUAAUGUUAAGCAUCCAUUGUGAAAUAAUUGUUCACGAUGCAGGGUUUUUUUUUUAAAAAAAACCCAUCUAAUUUAGUGGUUAUUACAAUUUGUGGUAUUAAAUAGGUUGGAAAAAGUAGGGCAUUUAUGACUGCUUUGUGGUUAGUGAGAUCUAGGGUAAAUGCUAUAUUUAUCUAUCUUACUCAUUUGAAAGCAGGAGUUAGCAUUGAAAUAGAAGGAACUAAAAGUACCUCAGAGACCUAAUGAUGUUUCUUAGCCCCUGGGAAGCUUCCAUCUCUGCUUUUCCUUUAGCGUAAUGAAUAGUAAUGACUACUUGCUCACAAGUGAGAUGGGGCAUUCUAAGUAUAACUUGUGUUCAUGUUAUAGCAACAACAAAAUGAAUCAUUUCCACUUUCAUAACUAGUUGUGUUUAUUAAAUCACAUCCUGAGCUUCUACCAAACCCUGGUUGUGUGCUCUUCUUUAAUUGUUUAUGCAAUAUAUAUCCAAAUAGAUCUGGAAUGGAUUAUGUUUGACAACCAAGGUUUGACUGUAUUGCUUGGUUAUAAGAAAACUUCCAAGCAGUUUGCAAAAAUAUAAACUAAAACAUUACAAUUCUCAAUAAACAGUUUAAAAUAGGUAUUUAAAAACAUUCAAAAGGUUAUUAAAAUCAACAGUAGAUAAAAAUACAAAACACACGUAAGUUCUACAUGCCAGGAGAGGCUUGCCUAAACAAAAAUGUUUUCAGCGGGUGUUGGAAAAAGUAUAACAAAGACACCCCCACUAAAAUACGGAUUUCUUACAAGUGUGGAGCAAAUAUUAAGUGGCCCACAGCCCAAAGCAGUCAAUUGGACAUAUAUGGAGUAAAGCGGUCCUGUAAGUAAACUGAUUCCAAGCUGUUAAGGGCUUAAUAUACUAAAAGUAACACUUUGAACUUGGCUCAGUAGCGUAUGGGCAACCAGUGCAGAAAUCUGAGUGGGCAAGAUCUCCCUCUUGUCAGGGAUGCGGGUGGCACUAUGGUCUAAACCAAUGUUUCCCAAGCUUGGGUCUCCAGCUGUUUUUGAACUACAACUCCCAUCAUCCCUAGCUUUCAAAACCAGUGGUCAGGGACGAUGGGAUUGUAGUCUGAAAACAGAUGGAGACCAAAGGUUGGGAAACACUGAUCUAAACCACUUGGUCUCUUGGGCUUGCCGAUCGUAAGGCUGGUUGUUUGAAUCCGUGUGACGAGGUGAGCUCCUGUUGCUCUGUCCCAGCUCCUGCCGACCUAGCAGUUCAAAAACAGUGUGGGUGAGGAACCUGUGGCCAAAUGUUGAUGGUGGCGCUGUGGUCUAAACCACUGAGCCUCUUGGGCUUGCUGAUCGGAAGGUCAGCGGUUUGAAUCCCUGUGAUGGGGUGAGCUCCCUUUGCUCUGUCCCAGUUUCUGCCAACCUAGCAGUUCGAAAGCACGCCAGUGCAAGUAGAUCAAUAUGUACUGCUGCAGCGGGAAGGUGAGCGCCGUUUCCGUGUGCUCUGGCAUUCAUCACGAUGUCCCGUUGUGCUGGAAGCGGUUUAGUCCUGCUUGCCACAUGACCCAGAAAGCUGUCUGCGGAGAAACGCCAGCUCCCUCGGCCUGAAAAACGAGAUGAGCGCCGCACCCCAUAGUCGAUUUUGACUGGACAUAACCGUCCAGGGGUCCUUUUACCUGUCAGCAGCCUGCCGCAGUAUUCUGCCUCACCUGCAUCUUCCUGCUGCAAAGGAAGCCUCGCAUAGAGUGCAUUGCAGUGAUCCAUUCUUGAUAUCACCAAAGCCUGAAGUGAAGCUGUCCCACUUCAGGCAUGAUUUUAGCUGUCACACCAGUCACAGCUGAUAAAAGGAAUUCUAGCCACUGAAACAUCUUGGGCCACCUGUGUAAGAGUUGGGUCCAGAAGCACCCUUAAACAGCCUGCCUGCUCCUUCAGGGGGAGUACAGACCCACCCAGGCCAGGCACUUGACCAAUUUCUCAGACACAAGAACCACUCACCCAUAGUGUGUUGCCAGGAUUCAAGUUCUGCUUACUUUCCCUCAUCCAUCCCACCACUGUAUCCAGGCAGUACGUUGCCCUGAGGCCUUUUUGGCAUUAUUUAUUUAUUUAUUUAUUUAUGCCCUGCCCAUCUGUCUGGGUUUCCCCAGCCACUCUGGGCAGCUUCCAACAGAAUAUUAAAAUACAACAGUAUAUUAAACAUUAAAAGCUUCCCUGAACAGGGCUGCCUUCAGAUGUCUUAUAAAAGUCUGGUAGUCGUUUUUCUCUUUCACAUCUGGUGGGAGGGUGUUCCACAGGGCAGGUGCCACUACCGAGAAGGCCCUCUGCCUGGUUCCCUGUAACUUGGCUUCUCGCAGCGAGUGAACUUGCAGAAGGCCCUCGGCACUGGACCUCAGUGUCUAGGCAGAAUGAUGGGUGUGAAGACGCUCAUUCAGGUAUACUGGACAAUGAAGAAAUAAAGAUGAUAAUAAAACCAAUAUUCAGGUGGGCGGACUUGCUUGGUGCAUCUGUACAGAGAAGUCUAUUAAUUUCAUAAUGAUCCUUUUAAUGUCUAUAUUGCUCUUGGAAAAACAUGUUGUCAGCAUAAUCAAAUGUUUUCCCAGCGCAAACAAAUAUGUGGCAAUAGUUACAGUGCCAACUGGCAUGCAUAGAACAUGAAAUACAUAUGUGGAUUAGAAAAUGGGAAGCAUAUUAGUAUGAAUGAAUUACAUUUUUGUAUCCAUUUAACUUACCAGAUAUGCAUGUAAAAUCCAUCUGCUUAGAUCAAAAAUCUCUUCCUGAUUUUCUCAAUAAAAUUAUUAACAACCAAUAUUUUGGCUUCUUUCUGUUUUAGGAAAAGGAAGAGUUGAUUGAAGAAUGGCAACCAGAACCACUUGUUCCUCCUGUAUCCAAAGACCAUCCAGCUCUCAACUACAAUGUUGUUUCAGGGUAAUCGUAGAAUAAAUCAAUUCCAUGUUUGACUAAACAGCCCAAUCCCUUGCAUGCUUACUUGAAAGCCAGUCCUCCUGACUUCAAAGGUGCUUGCUUCAUAGUUAGUAUGCUUAAUAUUGCAGCUUUGAUUACUUUCAGGGGAAAUUGUGAUUUCUUCUCUUGCAAACUUUGAGAACCAGGUUACAGAAUGGAUUGAACUUUUAGCUCGCAACAAAAUUUUGUUUUUUAAAAAAAACCCUCAUGAAGAUGCUUGUUGUCUGGUUCACUUAGUUGGCAUUCGGCUGCUUGAUUGAUAUUAGAGACUUGCCUGGUGACUUUUCAGAAAUGUUAUUGUGAAAGCUUGUCAUCAAAUCUAAACUUUUUAAGCUGGGGAGAUUUCAGUGGUUAAGAAAUGGUUGCUGGCUUCUAUGCGCCUCCGAGAGUGAAGGCAAACCACUGUGUUAGCAGUACCAAAGUGAUCUCUCUGGGAUGCAAGCGUGGGCAGUGUGUAUGGGGGCCCUGGGCUGCCCAGACGACAAGACCCCCCCCCCUCUCGGCCUCGCUGAUGUGGUCCAAAGGAAAGGAAAACAAUACGUUUGGCACAAGCUUGGCUGUAGGAGUUGCCGGAAGGAGGCGGACAAGGUGCCAUCCAACCAUCUUAGGGACUCCACUCUGGAAUUGUGUCGGGUUUACUCCUUCGCCUUUUCUUCUCCCAAAGAUAUCCUGCAAGGCAACAGAGGUUUAGGAUCAGAGUUUUCCUUCCAGAAACCGCCUUCUUGACCAUUGAACCCACUGUUUAUUGGCCUCGUCCACUCAGUUUGCUGGAGCCUGUUUUCACAUGCAGGGGAAGUUCCUAACUCACUAAGGGUUUGAGACCCAUUGGCUACUCUCACCUGGUUUAGCCGGCCAGUCGAAGCCAUUCCCAGGGUGUUGCUGCUGCCACAUUCUGACAGCUUUGAGGAGCCACAGGUGAGAGCUGAGUGCAGGUUGGGCACCAAAUGUGGACAAACUACCCCAGAAGGAGCCUAACAUGUCUCUCACCACCCCUCCCCUAACACCCCGUAAAGGUAAAGGGACCCCUGACCAUUAGGUCUAGUCGUGGUCGACUCUGGGGUUGCGGCGCUCAUCUCACUUUAUUGGCCGAGGGAGCUGGCAUUCAGCUUCCGGGUCAUGUGGCCAGCAUGACUAAACCGCUUCUGGCGAACCAGAGCAGCGCAUGGAAAGGCUGUUUACCUUCCCGCCGGAGUGGUACCUAUUUAUCUACUUGCACUUUGACGUGCUUUCAAACUGCUAGGUUGGCAGGAAAAGGGACUGAGCGACGGGAGCUCACCCUGUUGCGGGGAUUCGAACUGCCGACCUUCUGAUCGGCAAGUCCUAGGCUCUGUGGUUUAACCCACAGCGCCACCCGCCUCCCAUACACCCCGGUUAAGAAGCAAAACCUAUAAUAUUCUGAAUGUUAAUGUUGACCCCAAAGUAAGUUAUCCUAAAACUAGUAGUUAGACAUAAGGAUUUGUUUUCUAACUUGCAUGUCCUGCAAUAGUAGUUCAAUAAUAAAACACACACAAGUAAAUAGAUAUUUGAUCAUUGAGGAAAGGUAAGAAACCUCUUUAUUUUAGCUCUGUUGAAAGCAAAGUGAUCUUUAACUAGAGCAGUUUUAAUUUCUGAUUGUCAUAAGGUAGUUCUAUGUUUCCCAAGAUCCUGCUUAAAUUUUCCUCCCCACUGCAUGUUCCAGAGUUUCAGAUAUGGGUUCUUGAAAGUAGUUAGUGUCCGAAAAUGCCAAAUUCUGUGUGAGAGGAGCGCCGCAACCCCAUAGUAGCCUUUGACUGGACUUAACCAUCCAGGAGUCCUUUACCUUACCUUCAAAGCCAUGGUUUCAUCAACAGGAAUGCAGCUGUUUGAAAUGUGAUAUAAAUACUAAAAAAGGAAUCCCUGCACCAGAAAGACUGAACAGCUUCCGCCACUGCAAUAUGUAUUUUCAAAUUAGUUGUGUUUACAGUGUUGUGCAGAAUUUUUAAAAGCACUAUUCUCUUACCAAGUGCCUGAAACAAAGUUAGGAUUAUUAGUAAGCUAAGAAAAGUUUGAUUUUCUUUUCUUUUCAGGCCUCCAAUUCAUAACAUUGUCGUGAAUGGCAAGGAAUGCAUAAACUUUGCGUCAUUUAAUUUUCUUGGGCUUUUGGAUAAUGAAAGGGUCAAGGUAAGUGCCUGCGCUGUUGCUCAUCUGUAGGUAUUGGCUCAAGUGUAACAAUUAUGCCUUAAUAAUCUACGGUUUAAUAAGCAGGGAGGGAGCAACAUGUCGCUGUGCUAUACUUUGCAUACCAGAGUCAUUUAGUGCUGUUAACUUUAAGCCAUAGUUUAAAAUUCUCCAAAGGGGCAACUGCAGUUUAAUCUUGAACUCAGUACCACAGUUUUAUAAUACUGCUGUUCAUAUUGUGCUUGAAAAGUCUACAUGAGAAUCCUAGGCAAAAUCUCCCUUUUAGCUGCUGAACCCCUGGCAACAUACCUGCUAGGAUUUAGAGAUCUAAAUAAAUAUAUUUCUUCCAGUAGUACCUUAGAGACCAACUAAGUUUGUUAUUGGUAUGAGCUUUCGUGUGCAUGCACACUUCUUCAGAUACACGAAAGCUCAUACCAAUAACAAACUUAGUUGGUCUCUAAGGUGCUACUGGAAGGAAUUUUUUAAUUUUGUUUUGACUACGGCAGACCAAGACGGCUACCUACCUGUAAAUAAAUACAGUAUGCUUUCAAACCAUUGUCUAGCAUCUUGUUUGUAGGGCAACUGUGUUGCAUUCAUCUGUACUCGCUGGGACACAAAAGUGCCAAUACUAAUACUGUUGAAUGUCCCAAGGAAUAGCUAUUGAAUGUCCCAAGGGAUAGCUCAGUAGCAGGGGUCGGUAACUUAAGGCCCAUGGGCCACAAGCGGUCCAUGGAGGUUGUUUAACCAACCCAUGGACCCCCGCCGCUUGCCCGGCUGGCUUCUGUGCACCUCGCUAAAUAGGACACGGAGCAGAGCAGGGACGGCCUUCUGCGACUCUGGCCGGCUUCCCAUUGGCUGCAGGAAGCUCCUGCAACCAAUGGGAAGCUAUGCACGCCUCCGCCACGCCGGAAGGAGUGCCGGAAAUAGCGUGUGCAUGUGUGUACUCCAGUUCACUGCGGGACCGUGAACCGGCCCAAGCCACAAAAACUUUGCCGACCCCUGCUCAGUAACAUGAGAUUCUUAAUCUCAGGGUCAUGGGUUUGAGCCCCUUGUUGAGACAAAGAUUCCUACAUUGCAGGGAGUUGGACUAGAUGGUUCUCAUCAGUGUUAGGAUCUGGGAUACAAAAGCUAGGAGCCACAUUGCUCCUGGGGCUGGAAUUGUACGUGCAAAAACAGAAUGUCUAGAUGCCACUUUUUUAUUUAUAUAGGGAUUUCUUUUUUAAAGACACUAAAAGUUUUCUGUUUUAAAAAACCAGAUUUUGGCACACAUUUAAUCCAGGCAGGUUUAAUAACAUGAGAGAAAUAAUAGCUUAGGAGGGAUUUUUUAAUGCAGCUAUGUAAGUGUCAUAGCUACCUGGCAAGAGCAACAGAGGGGAAUCCCAUAAUGAGGACACUGUCCUUUCCAACAGUAAGCAGCCUACCCACCAAUUUCCCUACAGGAAUAUUUGUGGAAGAGAACCUGCUAGGGGAGAUGCAAGUGAUUCCUUGCAAACAGUAAGGUGGGGGGAGAUGACACAACAGGAAGCACAAAAGCACUGAUGCUUCCUGGUGCCUUUGCAGGUCCUCUUUGAAGGCAGUCUGAUACCCCUAGCCACGUUAUAAAGGGACAUUACAUUAUCACACAAGCAUUGCUGUCUAUGUUAAAGUGCCCAAUACAGCAAGCAAAAGCAUUUUGUAAGAAGUAGGUGCAGAUAGAGCCUUUGAGAAAACAUUCUGGAGAGGGGGUCAAGUCAGGUCAAUUAAGAAAGGUGGGUGUUUUAAACUUUAUCCUUUUAUUUAAAAUAAACAAAAAUAAUCCAGUAAAAACAAAAAUGUAACCUGGUGUUUUUUUUUAAUCAAGUGUCCUGACUUAGCAUUCUAAGAUCAGCAGUUAAUAAUUUUUUAUACAAAUUGGUAUAAAACACUUGAUUCUCCCAGCAGCAUUGCGGGGGUGGGGGGUGGAGAGAGACAGUCUUUUGCUGCCUGCAGACAGUGGGCUGCAACCAGGCCGGGGUGGAGGUACCUCGGCGCAAUAGAGGCUCCCGGAUACCUCCAUCCAGUCGCAAAAGGUGAGUUGCCAGUGGCAAAAUGCGACUGGAACAAUAGGCGUAUCCAGCGCCAGUCCUCGUGGUCAAUUUUGUGAUUCUAUGAAUACUGUAGAAAUCAUUUCUUUUCUAACUGUACUUAACAACUCUUCUCCUGUUAUGCUUAUUCAAAGAAUGCAGCCCAGAAUUCUCUGACAAAAUACGGUGUUGGCACCUGUGGCCCAAGGGGAUUUUAUGGAACCUUUGGUAUGUGUAACCUGUUUUUUCCAGUAGAGCAUUAAAGGUAGCUAAUUGAAUUUUGACAUCACAUAAAGGAAUUGGGAGAUGUGAACCAAUGCUGACGUAUUCCUCAUUCCGAUGAAUUGGCAUGUAAGCUUGUUUUUUUGCAUAGUGUCAUAUACAUGCACACACAUGGAGUAAUAACAAGAGCACAUGCUCCCUUUCCUGAGAAGCACACAAUCUAGAGUUUGACAUGGGGAGGCGGCAGAAAGAAAGCUGAAACUGAGCAUAAACAGAAAGGAGUUUCCAUUCACUUCAGUUGAACAUACUACAACUCAAUCCUCCUCCUUCUUUUCUUUGGCGAGUAAGAUUAUCUUCCAUAAACACAGUUUUAACAGUGAGUCCCUAAGUGACUGUGGAGGCCAAUUCUGGAUCCCCAUCUCCUUCCACAGUGGGGACAUAGGUUUCCAGGCCGGAGUUGAUCACAGUGGGGGUUUGCCAUGCGUGGCUUCCUCUUAGCAUGUUUCUCCCUUUUGUACUGAGUCCUCAAAGCCCAUGACACCUUCGGUCAAGGCUGUUCUCCAGUUGUAGCGCUCACAGGCCAGUGUUUCCCAGUUGUCAGUGCAUAUACUACAUUUUUUAAAGAUUUGCCUUGAGUCAGUCUUUAAAUCUCUUUUGUUGACCACCAGCAUUAUGCUUUCCAUUUGUAAGUCCGGAAUAGAGUAGUUGCUCUGGAAGACGAGAUAUAUAGAUAUUUAUAUAGAUACACACAAACACAAUACACAUGUCUGCUCACGGAGUUUGAGGGGCUUUACUAGGUACAGAAAGGGGAACUAGGUACAGAAUUACAUCAGUAGCAAAUGAGAGCUAAGAGGUUCUGCCAAAGACAUCAGAGAAAAAGUGAGUUCACAGGAGGGAUUUGAAGGGAAAGAGUAACUGCUGCAAAGUCCACAUUUCUGUCAACUUUUUUUUUUUUUUUUUGGCUGCUGCUGCUUAGAAGAUAUUUCCAAGCCUGGAAUUAUCCAUAUGAGUUUGAGCAGGGCCCCCUAAAAAGUCAGAAGCAGCUCUUAGUCUGCAUCCAGAAGUACGCCCAUGGUUGCAUGCUCAGUCUUUUCAGGGAGAGUACUUUGCUGGGCAGUUUUGUACUUUAUGAGUGAAAAGAGAUCACUUUUGCAUCUUGUGAAAGUGAAGCCACAAUACUUAACAAAGUAUUAUAAUUAGGAUAAACCAGAGUCCAGUUGGAUUGUAAUGACUGAAAGAAGCGAGAGGAAUUCUCACUCAGAGAAUUCUCUAGAGCCAUUCAUUGGCCUACAGAUACAGAAACACAACUGUUUAACCAUGCCAAUACAACAUGAUCCAGACAAAAGCAAGUGAGUUAGUUGGGCAUAAAUGUACUUAUAAUGGAUGAGCCACAUGUUCUCCCCGAAAGAUUGACACCCAGGACCCUAGAGCUACUUCCGCAUUGGUCUGAGGGGCUGCUCAGAUUUCCACUGGCAAUCCUAGUCUUUGAAUAUUCUGUAAUGCCAGUAGCAAGAAACAGGAACUGUGAAGCUUUUCGUUAAAGAAUUCAGCUAUUGCCUUGACAUAAUUUUAAAAAAGAAUUCCUAUGACUUGCCUCUGGCCAGUCUCAGACUGCCUCUGGCCACAUCAACUGGACCUGAAAGCAGAUCCAUCUGGGCAGGACAGUUGCAACAGCAUCCUAACUUCCAUCUUUUCCCUGUGCUUCCCUUAAACUUUCCAGAUCAGUUCCUGAUUUUUUUUCCACAGCAGCAGCCUUCACACAAUCUCUGCUUGCAAUAGAAGUUGCAGCUUUUUCCAGGGACAUGAAACCGUUACAGCCAAUUAUUUACAGAAGCUUCGUUAGAUUCUCCAGUGUGUAUCGGUUACAGAAUCUAUCUUGUUUGAGCAGAAUACAUUGCUGGAUGAUGCCUUCAGCUUGUUUCAAGAAUGCUUCUUGGGAUACACCCGCAUACACUCACAGCUUCUUUUCGCUGUUAUAAAAAUGUCAUACAGGAAUAAUUGGCAGAGCCGAAGCAAAGACUAAAUACUGAGCUUUCCAAAGAGGCCACGAGGGGGCAGUCUGAUUUCUGGCCGAAACAUCUUGACCGCUUGCGAACACAGUAAUGUAGAUAUUGCCAACAUACUAUAUCUGUGUGGUAAUCAAGAGGUUUGGAUUCAAACCUCAAGCGGAGGGUUUUUGUAAUACAAAUCCUGCUGUGAAGCUCCUAGUCUGCAUUUAAUCACAGUGUGAGGGUGUUUCACAUUCCUCUCCUGUCUGCAGAGCGCUAUAGAGACAGCAAUGCAGUGAGCCUAAACGUUUUCCUUUAUCUCCCGUAUAGUCUGACUUUCUGGUGGGAGUUGCUUAACUUGCUGGUGUUUUUACCUAGAGGAUUGGGAAUGGCUUCCAGGAAGUCACUUGGGACUGUUCAGGUUUCACAAGGCAAAGUGUUCAUCUUAUCGUCGGCAUUUUGGGCACUGUGAUUUGAUAGUUUACCAUAUGAGAACAAUGUCUUCCAUGCUCCCUUCUCCUUUUAAUCAUUUCAGUGGUGGUGCUAGAAUUCUCUCUUACCUUCCUUGUUACUGGAAGAUUGUGGCGAAACACUAUCCAUGACCAUAACUGAUGAUGUUUUGACUAGAUUCCCAUCUAGAUAUCCUGACUUCUUAAUUUUAAAGCCAUGUGGUUUUCAGUAUGGUGAAAGACUUCUUACUCUGAAGGUUUGGCUGUUCUUUCCAGUGUAUGUGUCAUCUUCUCAUGCUCCUGCUUAAUACCAAGGGUGCAUAGGAAUAUGAGAAGAGAAAGGUUUACGCCCUGCCCCUUUCCCUUGGAUUUUAACAGCAGAUUCUCUUAGGAAUGUUGGUCACUAAAUUGGGUCCAAACUGCCCCCCUCCUGAUGUGAUAAUGAGAGAUUUUGAGCUGAGAAAAUUGGGAGACAAGGUUCCUUAAUUUGGCCUGUUACCAGUUCCCCAGUAUCUCUAAUCCUGGCAACUUCCUUUAUAUUGAAAGGUCUGAACUAAUAGGGUUCAUCCUGUCAGACUCUCAGGAUGCUGUCACCGGCUCCCAGCUGGUUGCCCAGGAAAGUAUAAAGACAAGGGAAAGUUUCUUGCUUUCCUUUUUUAUUUCAAUCUUUACAGAGAGAGGCUAUAGACCCCAGCCUCUUGGAUAAUGGCGUUGUCCUGAGUGAAUCUUCACCCCCCCCCCCAAAUCUCUCCCACUUCCUCAUUCGUCGUUCUCAUCAUCUCCUCUACGGGGGCUGCUACAUGCCCUCUGUCUUUGAACUCUUUGCUCUCCCACUUUUAAGGCUCGCUGGGUUCUGGGAGAUGGAGUGUCUGGAAUGCUUUCUAAUGACAACGUGUCAGCCGGGUGUUGUUCUGGCUCUCCCAUGAUUUCCCAACUUUUCCCCUCAUCUGCCUCUGAGCUGUGACCUUCCUCAAACCCAUGUUGUAAAUCUAUACUGUCUUCUUCCUCCUCCUCCCUGGAAGGGGCAGGAUGGGGAGGCGGACUCCACCAUUUCUCCUCUGCCCAGUCCCUAACACAGACACAGUGGCCACUCCUGGAGGACUCUCAUGAGGCUCAGUAAAACUCUCUUCCCCACCACUUGUGCUUGGAGGAAUAGAUACCCCAUUCCUUGCAGUGCUCGCUUGUGCUGCCUUAAACCACUUAGAAGCCAUUUUACCAUGUAAGCGGUAUAAAGGUAAUGGGACCCCUGACCAUUAGGUCCAGUCGCGGAUGACUCUGGGGUUGCGGCGCUCAUUUUGCUUUAUUGGCCGAGGGAGCCGGCGUACAGCUUCCGGGUCAUGUGGCCAGCAUGACUAAGCUGCUUCUGUCGAACCAGAGCAGCGCACGGAAACGCCGUUUGCUUUCCCGCCGGAGCGGUUCCUAUUUAUCUACUUUCACUGCGUGCUUUCAAACUGCUAGGUUGGCAGGAGCAGGGACCGAGCAACGGGAGCUCACCCCGUCAUGGGGAUUCAAACUGCUGACCUUCUGAUCAGCAAGCCCUAGGCUCUGUGGUUUAACUCACAGCGCCACCCAUGUCCCUAUGUAAUCGGUGUAUACGUAAACAAAACAAUGAGCUUGCUAUCCUUUUUCAUAUUUGGUGGGAGAUGGGUGGGAGAAAGUUGAACUAUUGGGCUUUAUGGCACUCAUUUGUGUACACUACAGUCACUCCUGCUACGCUGGAUUGAGCCCCUCCAGCACCCACCCCCAAAAUGAGAUGGAUCUUAAUUCACGUUUUUCACCAUGGUUGAAAUUAUAUUUGGGGACAACGGUUAAUUCUUCUUAAAUGGAUGGAUCUUGCUGGAUUGUGUGUGUAAUAAAGGUGAGCCCACCAGUAGCAUAUGAAUCAAUGGUUAACUUGACCCAACAACGCCACACACACACACACACAUGGGGCAAACAAAACUCACUGCAGUCAACUGUAGAUGACCACUCAUAUCUUGGGCCCCCAACCGCUCUCAGUGCCAAGGAAAACUGAUAAAGGAAUAGAAAGAGAACCUACCCACGUGACGCUGACACAAAAACCUUGCACAUAUACCAUGUAAAACAAUGAAACUUUACUACCUCCCUUCUUCCCCCUCUCUCCCCCAACUCUCUUCUCCCCCACCCUUGUAUGCAGUAUGCAAUAUUAAAGUCUCACUGAUCUGCAGAAAGAACUUUAGAAUCUGAAAAUAGAGGUGAUGUAUGUACUUUGGUAACCCCAGGAAAUAUUCAAUAAAAACAUUUUAAAAAUAAUAAUGGAUGAAUCUGUAAAAUAGGGCUCAGUAAGUGAUAGAUGCGAAUGUUUCAUUCGAAAUGAGGGAUGUUCAGAAAAUGAGGAGUUGGGGAGGAGUAGGAAGGUAGGGGAUGAGAGAAGGCCAAAAAAAAAAAAAUGUGGAAAAAUGCAAGAUAGGAAUAAGUGUCAGGAGAAGAGAUUUAACUCCACUGAUUGCUUUGUUGGUUUAUCGAGCCUGAAAACUGCUUGGGGAAUUCCACUUGGAAUGCACUAUGUUAAUAUAGAGCUAAGAUAAUUACCCCUUAGCUUUCUAAACAAGCCUCUGAAACUUGGCAAUGUUGAUUCCCUCUGUUUCUAGUUUCCCAACAACAGACACGUUUUGGUAUUCGUUUCUGGAAUAUUUCUGACAGGUAUCUGAGUGUGGCUUGCUUACUUUUACUCACAAAACAUAAGUGCCCUUUUAAGGUAAUGCAGUCAAACACUCAGAUGAGUUACUUUGCACCUGGUUAGAAUGACAGGAUUGUCAGCCUGUACUUGUUCCGUCCGUGUGUGUGUGUGUGUGUGUGUGUGUGUGUGUAGAAAAUAACCUGGGCAGAGUUGAAUAGAUUUUCAUGCUCUUAAUGACUUUGCAUCUUUGUGUGACUUUUCUAAAACAUAAACUACCCUUCUCAAACAGAUGUACAUCUGGAACUGGAGGAACGACUUGCCAAAUUUAUGAGGACCGAGGAAGCAAUCAUAUAUUCCUAUGGAUUUGCUACAAUUGCCAGUGCUAUUCCUGCCUAUUCAAAACGAGGAGACAUCGUUUUUGUGUACGUAAUCUUCACUUUUUCUAUAUUACAGUGGACCCUCUGGAUACAAACUUAAUUUGUUCCGGGGGUCUGUUUGCACCCCAAAAAUUAUGUAAAUAGAGACACGCUUCUGUGCAUGCACAAGGCACGCAGAGCGUUUGUGCGCAUGCAUGCGGGGCGAAACCCGGAAGUAUACACUUCUGGGUUUGCCGUGGCCAGAUUCCGUAUCCAGAGGGAUACGUAAGUAGAGGUACAUGGGACUUUCUGAAGAGGCUCCUUCAGAACCUCGGUAGUUGUUCUUGUCCUCUCUGUAAGAUUGAGGUUCUUCAUAGCAAAAUCCACUUGUUUCUAGGUACCAUGUUCCACAAAAGGUAAUAAUCUUAGAGCCAGUUUACACUCUCUGUCAAAAGAGGAAUCCCCACCAUCCUGGACUGUGUGUUCAUGAGCAAGGAACAUUGCAGUUGUUAGCAAUUCCUGGAACUGCAGCACUUGGAGGUGGGGGUAGUGCCAAUGCAGAUGUGGUUAUUUUUAUCCUAUGACUUGCCUUGUUCACCUAAUUUUCUUCCUUCAAAUCAAAUCAGAAUCCUGUGUGUGAUAGUGAACCCCACUACUACUAAUACUACUACAUCAUCUUCAUCAUAAAACAAUAAUUUUAUUAUUUAUACCCGCCUAUCUGGCUGGGUUCCCCCAGCUAUUCUGGGUGGCCUACAGCACAUUAAGAAUGGUAAAACAUUAGACAUCAAAAAUUUCCUGAUACAGGCUUGCCUUCAGAUGUCUUCUAAAAGUCAGAUAGUUGUUUAUUUCCUUGACAUCUGAUGGGAGGGCAUUUCACAGGGCAGGUGGCACCACCAAGAAGGCCCUCUGCCUGCUCCCUGCAACCUCACUUGUCGCAAUGAGGGAACCACCAGAAGGCCCUCAAAGCUGGACCUCAGUGUCCAGGCUGAAUGAUGGGGGUGGAGGCGCUCCUUCAGGUCUACUGGACUGAGGCCAUUUAGGGCUUUAAUGGUCAGUACCAACACUUUGAAUUGUGCUCGGAAAUGUAUUAGGAGCCAGUGAAGAUGCUUUAGGACCUGUGUUAUAUGGUCUCUGCGGCCACUCCCAGUCACCAGUCUAGCUGCCUCAUUCUGGAUUAGUUGUAGUUUACCAGUCACCUUCAAAGGUUAACCCCAUGUAGAGCACAUUGCAGUAGAUAAUGUAGCAGGAGAUAACCAGAUAGAAUCGGUUUAAACUAAAACAGAACUUAUUCUUCCUGCUUGAACCACUUCAACUCAAACCCUUUUCAAACAAAUUUGUCUUGGCGCUCUUAGAACAGUUGUGCAUGUUUGAGGUUUGGUUGAGCCUUUGGGGAAGAGAUUUCCAAACUGGGCUAGAGUACAGUAAGGUGGCCAGUGAACAUAAGCAUUGUGUGCCUUCCUCGUACAGUCUCUACCAAUGGCUUACAGAUGCAAAACUGCUUGUAGAAAGAAGCCUAUGAGCUGGGCUGUAGAUGGGGGCAUCUCAUAUACCUGAUAGGGACAAUCUCCCCUGUUGUAGUGACACUUUCCCCAGCUGUUGCAAUCCACGAAUAGUUGCCAGCCACUGCUGGCAACAUCUGUGUACACCCAAGUUAACCAUAGAUAUUUCUCUCAAAGGGACAACCUACAAGCUGUUGCUUCUGGUUACCAGCUCUUAGUGGGUUCUGUGGUCUGUUUUAGUGAACAUGCAUUAUGAGCUAUCAAUCUCAAUUGUUUAAAAAUGAGAUUAACUGGGACAGUUAUAAAAGCGCUUUAAUAGGCCUUCUCCUUGAAGAAGGGCUGAACGUGAUUGUUAGGAAAGUGGUUAUGCACAAUUUUUCAGCACCAGUGUAGGAUCGCUUAUAUGAUCUUGUCAUUUUCAAAGCUGUAUCUUGAUACCAUUUUAAAUGCCUAUUAAGGGGUAGUUUUAAUCGCUUAUGAAAUGCUUUCAAAAUGACUACUUGGCUUUAACGAUCAAUUGCUGCUUCAGAAUAAACUCUUUAAAAAUUGCUAGCAGCUGUUGAAACGUUUUGUCAGUAUCCCCCAUAGGUUACAGCCAAGCAAAGAAAUACACUUGAUGAGUGGUUGGAAUGAAUUUACUUAAUGUCAGACAAAAAUCUCCUCUAGAGCACUCUUACUGAGCUUGUGCUUGUUAUGUGUUAGUUGAUACUAACUGAAAUCGUGUGUGUGCGUGUGUAAAUCUCAUUGAACUCAAUGAGACAUUCCCAGAGAAAUGUGUCUGUAGCAUACGUAGUCUGAUUCCCCCCCCCCCUUUUCAUUUUUCCCCCACGUAACCUAUGAACUGAGUGAGUUCAAUGGCUAGGAAUUACCUAGCCCUGGCAGUUUUCCCCUUCUUAAUAUACUAGCUUCCUUUAAGAAAAUUAUUAAAGGUGGCAAGCAAACUUUUUAAAAAAAUGUAAAACAAUGAAUAAAAGAACAUUAAAAUAGCCUUUAUGUUUAAAAUUACAAUUAAGAGAUUAUGAGCAGUGUAGUCAAAUAACUAAUUAAAGGAGGAAUGCCUAAAGAUGUCUGUGGUCCCCCUGCCCCAGCCCUAAUGUCAUAGCUGCUCUUCAGAAGACAAGCUCAGUUUGAGCCUUUUGGAAGGAUGUGGUUAUCUUGCCAUCAGCUCAGAAAAUUUUCUGUCCACAUUUCAAACCCAUGGAGCUAAUCUCUGGGGUUAGGCAGAUUCAUAUGGGUGGAGAUAGUUGGUGCUCUGUUCCCAGGCCAUAUAGGGCUCUAAAGUUCAAAACCACGGAAUCCUAUCCAAAACUAAUAAAAAUGACAGAAAAAAACAAACCAUAAAACCCUGAUACUGUUCCAUCUUCACCAGGUACCAGUUUGUUGCUGGGCUCAAUUUGAGGUGGUGACUAUAGACUUACAGACUCUAUUAACUGGAGUUUGAAUUGAGUAUAGAAACAAAUAGGUAGACAGUUCAGAUGAUGCAGUAUUGCAGUUUUAUGCUGCAAACUGCUAUCUCCUGUCAGCGCUGGGCCAGAGGGAUUGUGGUCUAUUUGAAGUUUUUGCUCUGCCAUCAAAGGCAGCCCUAACAUAGUGUUACAAUGAUCGGCUAGAAGUGACUAGGAUAUGUCUGAGUCUGGUUUCUGAGAUAAGGGCACAGCAGCUCCACUAGCCAGAUCUGGCAAAAGGCAGCCGUAACCACUUCUGCUAUCUGAACAUCCUUAAGCAAGGCUUUACCUAAGAGCACUGCCAAGCUGCAAACCAGAUUUCUUUUUUUAAGAGGAAUGCCUCUCCCAAACCUCUUCCAGGCUGCCAGAACGUCCAGCUAGCAGCACCUCUGCCUUGUCUGGAUUAAGCGUCGGUUUGUUCACCUUAAUCUACUGCAGAACUCACCAGUUUAGGAACUUCCAUUGCAUCAAAAGAUGGAAAUGAAAGCUAGUUUUGAUCUGCAUAUAGAUGAUCUCUAGCCCAAAUACCGGGAUGAUCUAGCUGUUUCAUGUUCAUGUUGAGAGACAAGAUGAAUCAGUGUGACAUCCUGUAUGCCAAAGGUGAUGGGUUGGAGGAGUGAUGCCACCUUCUGAAACUAUCCUUUAAAGGAUCUCUAUAUACUCUCAGUUUGACUCAAGAAAAUCACCAUUUUAAAGUUCAAAUCGGGGGAAAUAAAUACAGUAAAUGGACAAAAGUACAAAGAUUCAUAAAAUGUUUAGGAGCAUUCGUCCCCCCAGAAAAAAGUACUCUGUGUGUGUGUGUGUGUGUGUGUGUGUGUGUGUGUGUAUGUGUGUGUGUAUUUUUACACCUUGGGGAUCUUUUUGAUUCAUACAGAGGGAUAGAAACAUUUUAAUAAACAAAAUGAUGUUAGUAACAGUUCCUUGUGAACACAGGAAAAACAAAAUUGUUGGCUAUUGAUUGGGCAGCUCUCAUACAGUGGCUGCAUUCAAACAUAACAAAUUAUGGUUUUAUCAUUAUGUGAAUGAGCCUCAGGCGCAUUCAUUUUCCUUUCUUUCACCAGCAAAGAAGAUUGGAAGCUUCACAUUUUACUGUUGUAGCGAAACCUAGGGAAGCUGUCAUGAAUGUUAACUAUGGUUUGCUAAAACAGGCAAAGAGGGAAACAUUGUUCAUGAAGCUGUCUUGUUUCAAUAAACCAUAGAUAAAAAUAACACAGUUAAACUGCAAUUGGAAAUAGAAGCAAAAGCAUGUCAUCUCCUUGUGGCCAUUUCAGAGAGAGAAGAAUGCAAGAGCCCCGUCGUGACGAUAUUGCUAAUCGAAUGCAGUCUUGCUGUCCACUUCUGUAGCUGGAGGUGGUUGAGGCUGCUCAUAUGGUCAAAAAAGCAUAUUGUGUAGCAGUUCAUGAAAAGUACAUUAUGGAGAAAAAUCAGAUUUCAAAAAGGCAGCUCAUGCUAAGAGUGAACUGACACAAUUCUGUGUAUUUACAGUGAUGAAGCAGCCUGCUUUGCUAUCCAGAAAGGCUUACAGGCAUCCAGAAGCAACAUUAAGUUUUUUAAACAUAAUGAUAUGGCUGACCUUGAGCAUCUACUCAAAGAGCAGGAGAUUGAAGAUCAGAAGGUACGGUAUUUUUGAAGUCAUUGACGUGUUGUAGGGUGUAUUUUUAAGCUAACAUAUUUUGAUGCCUUCAUUGCUCAUUAUUUAUCUUCUAGUCCAUUCUGAAAAUGAAGUGUUGUGUAUCUUUUGAAGUAGGUUUGGCAGCUGUGUUUCAUUUAUUCAGAUAGCCGUGCUUGGUGUCUGCAACUUUCACUUAACUUUUGAAAAAUCUACAGAUGGAACUGUAAGAUAUGCAGUUCACCCACUUUUUAUUUUUUUAAAAAAUAACUCAAAAUAACCAGAACACACACCACCGCAAUAUCAGUGCAGUGUAAAAAAUACUUCCAUUUUGUUUCACAACCACACUGUAAGCACCAUUUUUGUAUUAAAGUAGUAUCAAAACAGAGCCAUGCACAUUUCUUUAUACAUCAACAUUUGUGUUAAAGGCUCGGAGUUAAUAGCAUUAAGCCUUUAUCCUGGCUGCAGAGCUUACUGGCUAUAAAGAAUGCUUAACCACAAAGUAUCAUAUUGUUAAAAAUGUGUUUAAGGCCAUUGAUUUCUGCUGGCAUAAGCUCAAGCUUUUCUUCUAUACAUUCUGUCAACUUUUGAUGGCAUUUUAAUAGUAACCUAAGUGAGAUUAUCUCAUAACAAGCAUCUGUUAAGAAGCGUCCAUACAAAACUUUCGUUUCUCUACAGAACCCUCGUAAAGCUCGUGUAACCCGGCGCUUUAUCGUGGUUGAGGGUUUGUAUGUUAACGCUGGAGAUAUUUGUCCUCUUCCGGAAUUGGUGAGUAGGUAGUUUUUGUCAAUAAGUAUUUUCCCUACCAGUCAUUAUGUGCUAUGUGAAGAAUGAACAGAAAAACACUAGACUGUUUAGUGAUGUGUGUGUUUGACCUAAACCACUGAGCCUCUUGGGCUUGCUGAUCAGAAUGUUGGCGGUUCGAAUCUGCACAACAGGGUGAGCUCCUCUUGCUCUGUCCCAGCUCCUGCCUACCUAGCAGUUCGAAAGCAUGCCAGUGCGAGUAGAUAAAUAGGUACCACCGUGGCAGGAAGGUAAACGGCAUUUCCGUGUGCUCUGGUUUCCAUUACAGUGUUCAGUUGAGCCAGAAGCGGUUUAGUCAUGCUGGCCACAUGACCCAGAAAGCUGCCUGCGGACAAACGCUGGCUCUCUCGGCCUGAAAGCGAGAUGAGUGCCGCAACCCCAUAGUUGCCUUUGACUGGACUUAACUGCCCAGGGGUCCUUUACCUUUACCUUAGAUAGGGAUUGAGGGCUUCACCCCUUAUAUAUGAGGACACUUGACUGGUGCAGGGGUCAGAAGAAUGGGAUGCAGCAAUUUCGAGGCAGGAGACAAUAUUUUCACACUGGGAAUGAGGCGUGUUAUAUUGGUGCUGCUGCGUUCUGCCUAGUUGUGCAUUGAUAACUUUCAUUAGUGGUGCUAUAACUGGGGAAAGUUUUGUUACAAUGCAUUUGGGCAAUUUCUCAGUAAGAAGGCUCUCUAUUUGUUCCUUCAAGGAAGACUGUUCCUACUCCCAAAGUUUUAAGGGUACCAGUUCUGUAUUUCGAUAUUUCACCGCACACACACCCUGAACUCCCAAAAGUCCAGCUACUCAGUGAGGCACCAGUGCACAGAAAAUUAUAUUCUGUGCAUAAUCAGGCUAAAUGUGUUCCAUAUCUUACAACAAUGUCAAGGAAUUAAAGUGCAUGGAGGUUUGCAGUUUUAGAAUGAAGUUGACUGAACAACAAUCUGAUUGAACACUUGACAACUUGUGCAUGAAUCUGGUUUCUUGUCCUGAGCACUCGAUAAUCUUGUGCUGUCUUGUGUCACUUGCAAUUGAAUAAAUAUGUAGGUGAAAUUGAAAUACAAAUACAAAGUGAGGUUAUUUUUGGAAGAAAGUCUUUCCUUCGGAGUGCUGGGAGAACAUGGACGAGGAGUUACAGAACAUUUUGGAAUAAAUGUAAGUGCAUGCUUUUCUCUGAUGACAAUGCUUUUUUGUGCCAAAAGGAAGAAACAACUUUUGAUAUGUUCAUCAUGUUUAUAGCAGUGGCUUAGCAGCCAUUAUAUGCAAAUUCUGUGCAUGGCAAUCUUGUCUCUUGCAUAAUCCUUUAAAUAUUUGCUUUGCAAUGAAAAUUUAAAUGCAGGAGGGAUUAUUAAUAGCAACAAAUAUGUAAAACAUCUUCAAGUUAUCAAAAUCAGUUUCCUUUUAAAACAAUCUACUGCAACUUACUCAGUUUGCAGGUUUUUGUUACUGCUUUGCCUUUUUCUGAAUUUGUCAAGAAUCUGCUUUGGGAUCAGACAAAUGAAUGGGUGAAUUUUCUGAUAUGAAAGAACAUACUUAACACAAAGAUGUCGUAUGCAUCAAUAUACCUGCAUGAUGCACAUUAACACAUAACUUUAUAUAAAUCCUUCAGAACAUUUUACAAAUUACUGGCUAGGAUUCACUUGUAGUGUCCUCUACAUGUCCAAGAACUGUUUAGCCACAAAGAGGUAAAGAGCUCAUAAAGUAGAACUUGGAAAGAUGCAAGGAGCUAAUCUUGGAAGGGAAAAAAAUCCUGCUCCCUGUUCAUCUUUUGAAUCCUAGAGCAUUUUUCUUCCAGAUGAGUUGUGUCAUUGUAAUCAUUCUGGAAAGUGCAUGUAGAAAUUUACAUUAAUAUUGACACUCGGGUCAAAUGUGUUAACUGAAUGUAUUCCAGAGUUAAGUUGAGAGCUGCUUCAGAUCCACUUUGCUCUUUUAGAUGUCAAUGGAUAAAACCAGGAAAACUUAAAUUGUGGAUACAGUGGUACCUUAGUUCCCGAACAGCUUAGUUGCCGAACAAAUUGGCUCCCAAACACCGCAAACACGGAAGUAAGUGUUUUGGUUUGCGAACGUUUUCAGAAGCCGAACGUCUGACACAGCUUCCACGGACUCCUGAAACGGAUUAAGUUCAAGAACCAAGAUACCACUGUACUUUGUAGGAUACCCACUGGCACCAGAAAUUUGCAUUGAGUUAAUAAUUUCUCUUGUAUUUUGCUGUCCGUUGUUCUCUAGAUGAAUUUAAAGAGUUUGUGGCUUUAUUAAUUAUGGGCACGUUUGGGAGGGUUAAAUAAUUCAGAAAGCCAAUCUAACCUUUCUACAGCUAUAUGGCUGAUUACCAAACAUGCUAUUUUUAUCUAACUCUGGUUUUGCCCUGCUUGUGCAACAGAUGGAUGACAUUGAUCUUAUAAGUGCAAACAUGGAAAACUCCCUGGCUUCUAUUGGAGGGUUUUGCUGCGGGCGAUCCUUUGUUAUUGAUCACCAGGUAGGUGCAAAAACCAGAAAUGCAUGAUAUGUUGUAUGUUUUGGAGUUCCAGUAGAAUACUGUGACCAAGGCAGGUAUUGGACAGAGUGGAGUCACACUUGGCCAGUCUGGCAGAUGUUGGUAGGCUGGUGGGAGCAUCUCCUCUUCAUGUUGUCAGUUGGGAAUAACACCAUCUUGUUCAUCUUCCAAUAUUAUAUAUGCUAUCAAAUGCCAACACUGCCCUUCAGCUCUCUAUAUUGGACAAACAGGACAAACUUUAUGCCAAAGGCUAAAUGGGCAUAAAUUUGACAUCAGGAAUCAUAAAACAGAGAAACCAGUAGGUGAACACUUCAAUCUCCCAGGACAUUGUAUACAAGAUCUUAAAGCAGCUGUCUUAUUGGAAAAGAAUUUUAGAAAUACACUUGAAAGAGAAGUUGCUGAAUUACAACUCAUUACCAAACUAAAACUAUGGAGAGACCUGGUCUGAAUAGAGAUACUGGAUUCAUGUCCCAUUAUAUACACUAAAGCUAGUUUUGGUCAUCUAUCCCUUUAAAAAUCCCUUGCCCUUCCCUGUGGAACCAACUGCCAUAACAGUCAUCAACAGUUAUAAGGUUGAAGUGACCUUCAGAGUAUCUGACAAAGUGUGUAUUAUACACGAAAGCUCAUACCUUGAAAUCUUAUAUUUAGUUGAUUUUUAAGGUGCCACUGGAAUUACUAAAAGAUUUUUUCAUCUUUCAUCUUGUUAUUUAUUAUGACCAUCCAAGGGAGCCGCAGCAAACAAUGAGCAUCAGCAGCUAUUGCUGCGGAAUGGGGCAAAGGUUUCACUGGAUGCAGCUGAAUUGGUGCCCAGUAUACAUAAAGCUGUAUGCCGGCUUCCUCAGCCAGUAAAGUGAGAUGAGCGUCACAAUGCCAGAGUCGUCCACGACUGGACCUAAUGGUCAGGGGUCCCUUUACCUUUACCUAUAUGAUAUCAAGUGACAGAAUAAUUUGGCUACAAGGAAAUUUCAUCCACAGUAUGAUUGUUUUCCACCUAGUCACUUUGGCACCCUCUUUGCAAAAUUUAACAAUUCCAAAAUACAGACGAGCUUUCACUUUUGCAAGAUUGAAUAUACUGCCUUCGGCUGUACUUGAGGGUCAAUUUUGAAAAAUCCUGCUGGGGAAACAAUUAUGUCCUUGUGGAGAGGGCAGUAUUGAGUCAGUGGCUCAGUGCUUCUGUCUUGCACUCAUUAUAUAAAGAUUUGAGGAGUGAGGUUAUUACCCCUCUAUUAUUGUCCAUGUUGGGUCGCUCAACCCCUGCUACUGUGUCCUUUCUUUUAGCAGAUCAAGAUGAUCAGGUGACAGCAAAAACUGCAAUGUUUUUAGUGGGAGCAAUAAGAUUAAGAUCUAUUCUUUGAUGUAAAGCUCAAAAAUGUAUUUUGUAUAGUUAAGUUUUUACCUCUUAUCUUAAGUACAGUUUAUUUUAUUGCUAUGCUUAGUGGUUGAUGCAAAUAAAGAUACUUCUGAUUCUGAGAGCCAGUUAACUUGCUCCACUUCUGAACUGAUGGCCUCUUGAUCACAGACUCAUCAAGGCAGCAGGUGCCUAAGAGCACCUUCCCGAAUUGAAGUCUUGCAUGUUGAUAGUGACAGUAGAAUCCAGGCUGUCUGCUCACAGUACUACUGUUACUGCUUUCAAACUUAAGAAUGAUAACUUGGUGAGAUGGAUGUUGGUCCACUGUGCUGUGUUGCCCACAUGUAGCUGUUGGAAAUAAUCUCAGAUUAGGUCUUUGGAACAAGGGCAGACUAAGCAUCCAGAUAAAUUCCAACUUGUUUACCAAUGAAUUAUCUAUAUAAAGUGUGGUCACUCCAUGCUGUUUUUUCUUUCCAGAGAUUAUCUGGACAAGGGUAUUGCUUUUCAGCCUCUCUGCCUCCUCUCCUAGCUGCUGCCGCUAUUGAGGGCCUCAAUAUCAUGGAGGAAAACCCAGGUAUCUUUUUUUAAAAGAGCAGAAAACUGUUUAGCAUAAACUGCCAGCAAAGUUUUGAACUGCCAGACUUGUGAGAUGGAUUUAACUUCCUAUUCUUGUGAGAGAUUGCUCAUAGGUUCACUGUAGGAAUUGCAGUUUACAUUUUGAUAUGCUUGUUAGUUGACUCAGCCCUUCUUUUUAAAUGAUGCCUAGGUUAUCUGAAGAAUAGUUGUCCUAUAUCACCUAGUGCAUAGUGCAAUAGGAAAGUUUGUAGUUUUUUGGGAGUGGUGAAAUCCUAAGAAAUCUUUCCAGGCUAGUUGAAUGGGCCACAAAUGAUAUAAGUGAUUUGUUCUAUUAAAAGUGUGGCGAGUGGCGCUGUGGUCUAAAGCACUAAGCCUAGGGCUUGCCGAUCGGAAGGUUGGCGGUUCGAAUCCCCACGACAGGGUGAGCUCCUGUUGCUCGGUCCCUGUUCCUGCCAACCUAGCAGUUCAAAAGCAUGUCAAAGUGCAAAUAGAUAAAUAGGUACCGCGUCGGCAGGAAGGUAAAUGGCGUUUCUGUGCGCUGCUCUGGUUCUCCAGAAUUGGCUUAGUCAUGCUGGCCACAUGACCUGGAAGCUGUACACCGGCUCCCUCGGCCAAUAAAGCAAAAUGAGCGCCGCAAGUCCGCGACUGGACCUAAUGGUCAGGAGUCCCUUUACCUUUAAGCAAGGGAUGAGGGAGAUCCUUCAGAUCCAUCAUUGUGGUGUUUAUUCUUUCUCUUCUGCUGCUGCCAUGAGUUUUUAUUUUUUGGAAUAAAGAGAUACACAUAUAAAUAUAAAAGAAAAAUAAAUGGCAAUAGCAAUGGCUACCAGGAAAGAGUCUUCUCUCUAGUCGAGAAGUCACUCGGAAUGUGCCAGAAAAAGGCAAAUUCAGCGUUGGAAAUCCUUGCGAAGGGAAUUGAAAACAGCUAGUAGCAUAAUGACAUCAUGUAAAUCUCAGAAUGGCCAAAUCUAUUUCAUUGUGCACAAUUCCAGUUGUACUGGAUUACAGUUGGAAAAGGUGUAGGAAAAAUGACAGCAGAAAUAAUUAGGUGGCUAGGGGUUAGAGCACCUCUCAGCCUUGCCUCCUCCACUGGCUUAUGUUGUUCUCCCUCCAGGAAAGAGAAUUUCUCCUUUAGAGGCCUGAAGUAUUUUGCCACCAUCCUUCACUUCUGUUUACCCAGAAGUUGAGAUAAGAGAAAGCCUUUUUACUCUCUAUCAGUUCUCCAGCUCUGCCUUUGAGAGAAGUUCAUUCAUUCAUGAGCUUGACUUAAAAGAGGCAAAAAUGCCCCACUGUUGACCAUGUGGUCUUCUUCUGUUCUACGGUGCCUGUUGUCUGUUCCCCAUGGUUUAAGGUAGCAUGGGGGCCCCAUGUUUGUGUCGCUAAGCAUUUAUUUUCUAUGUAAAAUUCCCUGUAACCUCUUGAGUGGUAGAAGCACAGAUUUGUAGAAGUGGCAACUCCAGCACAAGACUUAAACAGCUGUUUAUAUUUAUCCUGCUCAGUUUUAGAUACCCCAACUUAAAACUGUUUUGUCUAGGCAUUUUUCAGAUUUUACGACAAAAAUGCAAGCGAAUACACCAGGCUUUACAAGGGUAAGUGAAUGCUUUGCCUUCUUACUUUGAACUCCACGUUGAACGGAAAAUGCCUCCUAAAAAAGCCAUAGUUUUCGAAACAUCCUAUACCAUAUUAUCGGGGAGUAAUCCCUAGUGAGUGGAAUAGGGCUUGCUUCUGAACAGGCAUAUAGAGGAUUGUGUAAGAUUGCCCCUCCUAGUGGGGUUUCCCCCCACCCAGCUCUGUUGAAGUUUGAGCUACUUUAGAAAAUCCGGCUUCUGCGUUUGACUGCAGUUACAGUUAAAGCAGGGAACAAUUUCUUGAAAUACAAUAUGGGCAGUUUAGCCGUAAUUUAUCUUCAGUUUAAAAUUCUUCUCUGUGGCAUUUCAAUAUCAGACAUGCGUUUAAAAGAUCAUACUCCCUCUAAUAGUGCUAUAUGAAAUUUUAUAGCUGGGGUAAAUAAACAUGUCAUGUGUAAAAUAGCCUUUGUUCCUAGGCACUCCUAGCUAUUUUACUUGCACAUUGAAUUAUUAGCAGGGAAUACAGUCUUUGAUUGAUACCAAAGAUGUAGUCCGUGUCUGUAAAUAUGGUCAUAAUUAAGAUGUAGCUGGCCAGCAGCAUUGCAGAAAAUAGAUACUUGUGGGAGACCCUGUUUCCAAGACUUUGCUCUGGGCUCACUUUGGAGCACUCCCAAGUAUUAAUGCAGGAAUAUUUGCAAAGACUAGCAUCAAGAUUUUGGAUGCUUCAGGUUUGAGCCUCUUGUGCAAAAUUAAUUUCUGCGCAUUUCACUUUAGUUAGUGCAAGAGGUUGUGAAUUAAUAUAUCCAAGUUUAGAUGAGUCUCUCUGAAUUCACUGAUGUGUUGAACGUCUUCAACACAUCAGUGUUCAGCACCUCUUUCAAAUCACAAAAGAGCCUUGGCCCUAGGCAGUUGCACGAUAUCUGUUCCCUUUUUUGAAGGCGACGCUGCAAUUCUCUUUUCUGUAGUCAGGUGCAUCUUACAUACUUUCCUUAGCUUUUCCAUAUAAGUUAUCACCUCAUACAUUUACCACAUCUUCUGUAGCACAAGUUUUCAUUAGGCAUACAUUUCAUUGUGCCAAAUUCCCCAUCUCUGCCUAUGUAAAAUAUCCUUUCGAAUAGGGUUGCCAUACCAGCAAAGCCAGACUCUCUUCUCUUAACACAAACAUUAACUGACCUUUUGUCUGGAAGAGCUUUGUCUGACACUUUGCUUAUUGUUCUUCUCUAGCUUGAUGCGUACUUGAGUCAGAUGUUGGUUUAUUUUAAGUAAGUGGCAAAAGGAACUUGGAUAUCAACUUGGGACUUCUAAAACAGCCUCUAGAAAUGUACAGGACAUUUAUGACAAAGUGCGGUUGGGGAGAAAUCUGCAAAUGUCAAAGCUUUAAAUUGGCUGGCAUUCAAAGGCGGUUUCUCUUAUUAAACCACCUUUUCCUUUUGUAGCAGUUAGUUGCCUUCAUUUCUGAAACGUGCUAAUGGUCCAUUUUAUAACUUAAACUGUCUGUUAGAAUUUGACGUGAAGCAUUGGUAUUGGGACCUGAGCUUUUUAAGUUCUUCAUAAAUGAUCUAAAGUUAUUUUGUAAGUCUUCAGCAUGCAAGCCUCUCACACGGUUCCAUAAUAAUCUGCCUCGUAAACUGUAUGUUAGAGUUGCAUUCAUGAUUUUGCUUGUGACUAGAUGAUUGCUUGCUUUAUGAUAUUAAUCUCCAAACACUGCUUCUCUCUCUCUCUCGUGUUAUUGAUUUCCUUCCAGUAAAUAGCCUUCCAUUAGAUUUCAGGCUCUUAACAAGAUGCUUUCCAGCAAUUUUAAUGUGGAAUAAUUGAAAAUUGAGAUGUUUCUAGACAUUAAAUUCUAAAUUAAAUUGAGCAAAACUCUUAAUUUGUUUUUGCAUAUCUUUGUCCUAUUGACAGCAUUGUCCACUUGCCCAGUGAAAAACUCGUGGCUGGCACGCCUUUUAUGCUGACCUAGUUGGAGGAAAAUAUAUUCUUCCACAGUUCAGGGAAGUGCCUCACCUCUUAAUUUAGAAGUGCAGUUUAGGCAGAUUCUACUGGCACUCUUACAGGAGUUGAAACUGCCUCCCCAAGUCGAAUGUUUCAUCUCUGUUUCUAGAUUUGAUCAAGCCAGUGUUGUCUCUGCUUUGUUCCUCCUAGACACUCUUUGGCACGCUAGAGCAGUGUUUCCCAACCUUGGGCCUCCAGCUGUUUUUGAACUACAAUUCCCAUCAUCCCUGACCACUGGUCUUGUUAGCUGAGGAUUAUGGGAGUUGUAGUCCAAAAACAGCUGGAGGCCCAAGGUUGGGAAAUGCUGCGCUAGAGUCUAGCUGUUUAGCAUCUAAAACAAGUACACAUGUAGCUGUGGGAUGGGAAGUUGCUGAAAGAAAAUGGUAGAAUUGACAUGGCCAUUUCCAGAUGUUUUGUCAUCCACACUCCAGGUUAUGCAGAACUAGACGAUACUGUAGAAAUUGGCUGAUCCAGUGCUGAAAAGCUGUUCUUGCUGUAGUUAAACAUUUAAUUCUGUCCAUGUAGGAAAGUAGUUCCAUUUCUCAAAUUAUUUUAUUUGGAUACUGGACCUAUCACAUCCAGAGGCCAAGAAAAGUAAUUGAAGGUUUGGGAGAUGGGAAGUUUGCCUGUAGUCUGCAGAUGGGCAACCUGCUGCUUAGGCAAUCUGCUAUAAUGCAUGGUGUUUGCUUCUGCUCUCUGCUUGUGAUCCAUCAUGGGUUGGUAUAGGAAUGGAUGGAUGGAUGGAGUUCCAUUGGAUGGGGCAGCCUUCCUGACUUGACCAUGUGGUUGGCUGUUUCAGUCAUGCAAUCCUACAGGAAAGCAGAGAAUGCAUUCCAUUGAGUUUACUAUUGUCACAAAGCGACUGCUAAUUUACGUUGCCAGUUUUUCUUUCAUUUGAUUGCUGACCAUAUCAGCGUUUUUGAUAUGUUGACCUUUUUUUCUUUUUUUAGGAUUCCUGGUCUACGUGUAGUGGGGCAAUCCAUUUCUCCAGCAUUACACCUCCGCUUAGAAGAAAGCACUGGAUCUCGAGAGAGUGAUGCAAGGCUACUGAAGGAAAUUGUUGAUUAUGUAAGAGUCCUUUUUUACAGUCCUAACAAUGAGAAGAACGGUGUUCUGUAUUGAAGUCUCUGUUGCACUUCCUUCUAGAAUUCCUCCAUGUGCUGGGUUGCAAGGUUACAUUUGAAAAGUAGGGUUGCCAUAGAAUUUCCUGGGCAUAGCUGGGAUUCGGCCGUUGGAAACGGUGUCCAGGUGGAAAUCGCUUUAAAGUCUGGGAAAAUCUGGACGUAUGGCAUGUUAGGAUAUUUCCAUUCCACCUUAAAAGGGAGCAGGCUUUGUGCGUCUGCGUAUUUCCUGUUCACAGGAAGUUUAUGUUUUGUCUAUUGCUUUCGUUUCUCUCUCUGUGCCUGAGACAGAGAGUGACUCACAAAGCCUGCUCCCUUUUAAGGUGGAACGGAAAUAUCCUAACAUGGCAGCCCAUGCCAGAAGUGUAGAUUUGGGCAGAUUCCCUUAAAAAUAACUCCAGAACUGUUUUUUGUAAAAAGAGAAAAGGAAAGUUCAACAACUUUGGCCGAAAAGGAUUUUCACACUUUGAAAUAUGGCAACCCUAAGAUUGCUACAGCAAUCAUCUGGGAUUAGUCCCUUUUUGAAAUGAGGCACAUGAAAGGCAGCAUUGUACCCGCUAUGGGAGAUGGGUGUUGAGGGCAAGAUAGCAUUGGACGAAUGUGUCUAAAUUCCCUGGCUCUUGAGCCGUGUGGUCCCACAAUGACAGGCGACUCCCAGUCGGUUGCCCAGGAACAUACGAAGAUAAGGAAAUGUCUCUUACCGUCUGCUUUUUAUUCAGUAUUUACAGAGAGAGUCUGUAGAACCCAGCCUCUUGGAUAAUGGCAUUGUCCAGAGUGAAUCUCCACACACACACCCCGUCUCCUUCACUUCUUCAUUCAUUACUUUUAUGGGUGCUGCUACAUGCCGUCUGUCUUUGCUCUCCUCCUUUUAAGGCUUGCCGGGUUCUGGGAUGGGGGAGCAGACACAAUUUCUGGCAUCUAGACAUGCGCAGACGCGAUUUCCGGCACCGGGGUAGCGAGUCUCCAUGCUGCACCAGUUUAGCGCAGCGCGCGGGGACUCGCCGAGCGGGCAGCUCGGUUUGGGUGCGGCUUGUGGGCCAAUUAAACUGCCCCCGUAGAGCAAGGAGCAGCCGUGGUGAUGGCUAGAAGAGAGAGAACAGGAUUACAAACCAGGACUAAAAAUGUAUUUAGCUCCUUGUGGCAGGGUAUCACAUGUUACUUAACAGUCCGAUAACACAUGAGCAUGGCACCUGAUGUUCCUGUUUCUCUCCUCAGUGUAUGAACAGAGGUAUUGCAUUAACCCAGGCCCGCUAUUUGGAGAAAGAAGAAAAAUUUCUCCCACCACCCAGGUUCGUAAAUACUUGCUCACCUUGCUAUUAAAACAAAACUGUGUUCUUCUGACGGCAGGCAGAAUGGGUGGGUUGAGAAGCAUGCCGUAGCUUGUGUUGGAACCUCUGGAUUUUCAAGGUCGCUGUUGUUUUAUAAGUCAUGGGCUCGUCUAUUGAACAGGCAGACUGUCCUAAACGGCUUGCUCAUCUAUACUUAAAUAGGGUUCAGGGCAGGAAUAUGUGUGAGGGUUUUUUUAAGAAUAACUAAUAAAAUGCUGUCUGACGGUUACUUGAGUUCAAGCAUGGGGAGGGAGAAUAAGGUCACUUACAUUCUGUUGUCACUAGAAACAACAGAAUGACUCGAGGCCCAGCCAGAUGGGUGGGAUAUAAGUAAUAAAUUAUUAUUAUUAUUAACAUCAUCAUCAUCUCACUGUACCUUUUUUAGCUACUGAACUAUACCAGUCACCACAGCUAGACUUCAUAAUCCAUAUUAUUGAAUUGACAGGGAAAGCUAUCACUACUGUUAUGUGAAGCAAAAAAUAUUGAUGGGCAAAGGAAAGUAUUAGGAGGCUGAGUACAUAUGCAGCUGUCUUAUUUACUAAGUCAGGCCACUGAUCUGUCUAAGCCAGUAAUGUCUUCUCUGACUGGCAACAGCGUUCCGGAGCUUAAAGAGUCUGGUUUGUGCUGUAAGGUUGCACGCAUUUUGCCGCGCAACGAAAAGACAACAACUUUGACCCACUACCCUGAUUUUGCCCCUGACAGCAUCCGAGUCGUAGUGACGGUAGAACAGACAGAACCGGAAUUGGACAAAGCUGCCUCGCUUAUCAGGGAAGCUGCGGAGUCAGUACUGAAUUGAGGCCUGCAUACUUGAGUCUUCGUUCUUCACCCAACGCUGGGAAUACCGGUUUUCCUACUGUAUGGCGGAUUGGCUUGUGCUCCCAAGGUUCAAGCUCAUUGACUUUCUCUUCUGACGGAGAGACUCAACUUCCACUGAGUCAUUCCAGAACAAAAAAAAAGUCACAAAUAUGGCAAUGUGAAACUCUGCUCACUGUAUAACUACUGUUUUGAUUGGAGAUCAUUGUUAUCACUGGCAUUUUACAUGAGUUUCAGCUCUGUUCUUAAAGGGCCUUAUUCCUUUCCCUAGCUCUCUAAAUGUGUAAAACAAGCCGAGCUAUUUUUGAGAGUUUUGUGUUUAACGCUAAUGAACAUGAAAAGAGUGAAAAAACUUACACAAUAUUCUUCAUUUAACCUCUCUUAUUUUAAAUAACAUUCCCCCGAACAGGUUCCUAUUACUGUCAGACCAGAUAGUUAAACGGUAUUAUGGAAUUAUGCUUUUGAAUAAUGUACUUAAGUAGCUUUUAUUACACUGGGUAUGUGGGAAUUUUGUACACUUUUUUUUAAAGAUCUUUUGAUUUUUGAAAUUCCCAGAAGGAGCUGUUUUUCUAGCUAUUUGUCCGGUUUCCAUUAAAUGUCUUAUCUCAUGCCAAUUCCUUUAUUCUAUACAAGUUGACCUUUCCUGUGAUUUUACCACGCAUUCAACUUUUAUACCAGUGAUCGCCAGUGCUGUGCACACAGUGGAGCUCUCAGUUAAAUUUCAGUCUCAGUCUCCAUUGGAUUGAGUUCAGCAUUGUACAGUACAAUCUGUAUGCACACACAGAUGAAAUGCUGGUAGAAUUUCUUAAGCCAAGCAAACAAAACAAAUAUCAAUCUCUUAUCAUAAUCUGGUGGGUGCAUAAAUUAAUGGGGAAACUAAUUCACUCAUGAUGUUUAUUGUCCAUGUUUACUCAUGAAUACCUUUAAAAACCAUGAAUAAAUUAGAAAUACUUAACAUUUAGUUGCAUGGGCACAUAUCCCUACUGUAAUCAGGAAGUUCCAUUUUUUCUCUCUCUUUCUCUUUCUCUCUCUUUCUCUCAAUUACUUGCUUGAGACCACCACUCAGGUCUCUGCUAAAGAUGUGCAGAAAAGGGACUUGUCAUUGAUACCGUAGAAGUUUCAGUAUGCCACCUAGAGUCAGGAGGACCUCUUUCGCCCUUCAAUGAAUUUGCCAUGAUAAGUGUUCCAGAUUUCUGGUGAAUACUAUAUUUUAAAGACUUUCUGUUACGUCUGGGUUGUUCUACACUCCUGUGCCUUUUUUGGUUGCUGCUACAUAUUCCAGCGCUCUAUUUGACACAUAAUUUUUUUAAAAAAUAAAAGCAUAUAUUUGAUCCUGUUUUUCUCCUUCUUUCUUCAUAUUCCGACUGCACCAUCUUCUCUAUCAGCUACAAUCUCAUUAAGGGGGGAAGUAAUUGGAUUUGAGCUACAGUCCCGGAACUCAAUAGGGCUAAAUCGGCUUAAAGUGCUCCAUGGUGGGUAUCAGGCUUCUCUUUCAGUACUUUAAGGUAUAAAUUUUUCCAUCAUGCUUCAGCCUGUGCUGCCUUCUGUACCCAAGCCACUUAAUUUGCUACGUUGAUGAAUUUCUGGUUUUCUUCAAAAUGCGGUUUCAGGAUUGUGGCCAAGCGUGGUGUAGUCCAGUGUAACUUUAUCAGCUGCCGACAGUUAUGCUAAUUGUAAACUGAAAAUAUUUUCAGGACUGUAGACUCCCAAGUUCUCUUUCAAAUGAGAUCAGGAAAGGGUUGGGACUUCUCAUUUAAGACAGGGUGUCCUGCUUUUCCACCAUUGUUUUCAUGCCUUUGGUUUUAUGCUGCUCUGUGUUUUAGUAUUGAUUUUUUAUUGUAUUAAUGUGGUUUAUUAAUUGGGGUUGUUUUUUUAAAAGAUAUCUGAAGCAACCAGAGGACAUGGUCAGGUGGAAAGUGUAUAAAUGGCAGAAAUAAAAAUAAUGGUAUGGAUUUCCAGAUAAAUACUAGAUG